GGCCUGGCGCAGGGUCCCCUGCAGAUGGAGACCAGCGGCCUGACGCCCUUCGCGCUGGGCCUGCUGCUGCUGCCCGUGCUGGCCACACUGCUGGCCGCACUGUGUGCCCGCUGCCGAGAGCUGCCAGCGUCCACCAACAUGGAUUCUGCAGACAGUUUGUACCCACGGAGCAUCCUGAUCAAACCCCCUCACACGCCUGCCCACUGGCCACCCGUGACCUCCUACCCGCCCCUGACCCGACCAGAUCUGCUCCCCAUCCCGAGAUCUCCACAGCCCCUUGUGGGGUCCCAUCAGCUGCCCUCUUCCCAGCAGGACUCAGACGGUGCCAACAGUGUGGCCAGCUAUGAGAACCAGGAGCCAGUGUGCGAAGAUGAGGAGGAGGAAGAGGAAGAUGAGGAUGAUUAUCCCAAUGAGGGCUACCUGGUAGUUCUACCUGACAGCACCCCAGCCACUAGCCCUGCCGUUGCCUCGGCCCCUGUGCCCAGCAACCCUGGUCUCAGAGACAGCGCCUUCUCCAUGGAGUCUGGGGAGGACUACGUGAACGUCCCUGAGAGCGGGGAGAGCGCGGACGCAUCCCUGGACGGCAGCCGGGAGUACGUGAACGUAGGUGAGGAUCUGCCGCCAGAGCCCAGGAUGGAGCCUGGUAUGUGUGGGGGCAGAAGUGGGGUGCUGCUGCCCUCGGGCAGGUGUCCAGCAGGCUGUACACCCACCUUCCCUGCCCUGCUCCCCUCACAGCUGCCCUGAGCCCCCCGGAGGUGGAGGAAGAAGAGGAAGAAGAAGGAGAGGCUCCGGAUUAUGAAAACGUGUAGGAACUGAACCCAGGGCCCGGUGCGUGGCCUGACUGCCAGCUCGGGCCCUCCCUGAGGACUUCUCUCCUGACCACCCCCAAUACCUAGGCCUGAGCUCCAUGGUUCUGGGGGCCCUCUGGUCCCCUGGCCUCCUGACCCCACCAUUGAGGUCAUUGAAGCUGAGACAUCCCAAAAACAGCUCUGCAGAGGGCUGAGCAGGCAGCCUGAGAACCCCUAACUUAUUGUUACUUCUUCGAGGUUCAGUCUGUCCCCAACAUAAUGCCCCUUCUGACACUGCCGGAGAAGGAAGCUCCCGCCCCCGCCCCCUCUGUGUCAUGGA